UUGGUUCCAGAGGAUUUGUGACCUGGCGUAUCCCUCCACCCAGGCGAUCCUACUUGGGAGGAGAAAAAGCACCUUGUUUGGCAUACCGGCGCUGUGGUUAUUUUUAGUGUACGGCUGUGAGCUUCUUCACAUCUCUCUUGAAGGAACCAGAAGGGCCGGUUUUGCUAAUCCUGUGCUUGGAGCGUCCGAGACAAGCUGCGGUGAAGGAGAGCAGCGAUCUGUUGCCUUAAAGCAAUAAAAAAUGGCCCGAGGAUCAGUGUCCGACGAGGAAAUGUUGGAGCUCAGGGAAGCUUUUGCCAAAAUUGAUACCGAUGGCAAUGGCUACAUCAGCUGCAAUGAAUUGAACGACUUGUUCAAGGCCGCGUGCUUGCCCCUGCCCGGGUACCGAGUGCGAGAGAUCACAGAAAACCUGAUGGCCGAGGGUGAUCUGGACCGUGAUGGCAAGAUCAGCUUUGACGAGUUUAUGAAGAUUUUUCAUGGCCUGAAAAGCACGGAUGUGGCCAAGACCUUUAGAAAAGCCAUCAAUAAGAAGGAAGGGAUUUGUGCCAUCGGGGGCACCUCGGAGCAGUCCAGCGCUGGCACCCAGCACUCCUACUCGGAGGAAGAGAAAUACGCCUUCGUGAACUGGAUCAACAAAGCCCUGGAAAACGACCCCGACUGCCGCCACGUCAUCCCCAUGAACCCGAACACCAACGACCUCUUCAGCGCCGUGGGUGACGGCAUCGUCCUUUGUAAAAUGAUCAACCUGUCAGUGCCCGACACAAUCGAUGAAAGAACAAUCAACAAGAAGAAACUCACCCCCUUCACCAUUCAGGAGAACUUGAACCUGGCUCUGAACUCGGCCUCUGCCAUCGGGUGCCAUGUGGUCAACAUCGGGGCGGAGGACUUGAAGGAGGGGAAGCCUUACCUGGUUCUGGGACUUCUGUGGCAAGUCAUCAAGAUCGGGCUGUUUGCUGACAUCGAACUCAGCAGAAACGAAGCCCUGAUUGCCCUUCUGCGGGAAGGGGAGAGUCUGGAGGACUUGAUGAAGCUCUCCCCCGAGGAGCUCCUGCUGAGGUGGGCUAAUUACCACCUGGAAACCGCAGGCUGUGGCAAAAUCACCAACUUCAGUACCGACAUCAAGGACUCAAAAGCCUAUUACCACCUGCUGGGACAGGUGGCCCCAAAAGGAGACGAAGAGGGCAUCCCCGCCGUCGUCAUCGACAUGUCGGGACUCAGGGAGAAGGAUGACCUCCAGAGAGCAGAGUGCAUGCUGCAGCAGGCAGAGAGGCUAGGCUGCCGGCAGUUUGUCACAGCCACAGAUGUCGUCCGAGGGAACCCCAAGUUGAACUUGGCCUUCAUUGCCAACCUCUUUAACAGAUAUCCUGCCCUGCACAAACCGGAGAACCAGGACAUAGACUGGGGAGCUCUUGAAGGUGAGACGAGAGAGGAGCGGACAUUCAGGAACUGGAUGAACUCCUUGGGCGUUAACCCUCGCGUCAAUCACCUGUACAGUGACUUGUCGGACGCCCUGGUCAUCUUCCAGCUGUACGAGAAGAUUAAAGUCCCUGUGGACUGGAACAGAGUAAACAAACCGCCGUACCCAAAGCUGGGGGGCAAUAUGAAGAAGCUUGAGAAUUGUAACUACGCCGUGGAAUUGGGGAAGAAUCAAGCUAAGUUCUCCCUGGUUGGCAUCGCUGGGCAGGAUCUCAACGAAGGCAACCGCACGCUGACAUUGGCCUUGAUUUGGCAGCUGAUGCGAAGGUACACGCUGAACAUUCUGGAAGAAAUCGGAGGUGGGCAGAAGGUGAACGAUGACAUCAUCGUCAACUGGGUCAAUGACACACUGAGGGAAGCUGGGAAGGGUUCGUCCAUCUCCAGCUUCAAGGACCCGAAGAUCAGCACCAGCUUGCCUGUUCUGGAUCUCAUCGAUGCCAUUCAACCAGGUUCCAUUAACUACGACCUUCUGAAGACGGAGAACCUGAACGAUGAAGAGAAACUCAACAAUGCAAAGUACGCCAUUUCUAUGGCCCGAAAAAUCGGAACAAGAGUGUACGCCCUUCCAGAAGACCUGGUGGAAGUGAACCCCAAAAUGGUCAUGACCGUGUUCGCCUGCCUCAUGGGCAAAGGCAUGAGGAGGGUGUGAGGCCCAGCGGGGCGGGGCUGCAGGCGGCUCACCUGCCUCUCAGCACCGGAUGGUCCCGGGAAGGACGCAGACAACUGAAGCCGCUGCAAAGUUUUCGACUUGGCGGCAUUAUUAUACAAGAUUCCAAAGAGGGUAUUAUCUGUUCAUGCGGGUAGCCUCGCCUAUAUUUAACAAGCGCUUCAUUCUUUGCAAAAGACCCAAUCUCCUACAAAUAUUUUUUUACCAUUGAACUUACUGCUUUUUUGAAAAUCUGUAGGAAAAAAAACAAACCCUGCUUCUUGCCAUUAGUUGAGUGUAGAAGCUGCAUUGUUGCUAAUUUUAACAUGAUCUUUCCAGCCAGCCUAAGGGGGUUGCAUUUUUGUUUUAAGGUGAGCAUCUAACCAGUCCUAAGGCUUGUGUGUGGAGGCUGUCAUUGAUCUGCGACAAGCCUCGCUUUCUGUCCCCUUGUCCUACACUCUGCCGCCCUGGGACUUGGCUCUCCACCUCUCAGAGCUCUCUGCCUUCUCGAGGACCUGCCUCUGCAGGCCAUCCUUGCCUCCGGGCCAUUUGGAGCACCUGACACGUCAGUCAGGCUCUCCGGGGUCCCAGGCGUCUCUGGGAGCCUGCAGAGAAGUAACACUCCUCUCAGAGCUUUUCCUCAGAACUGGGGCCCCAUUUGCUAUUAGUUUUGGUGUGUGUUUUUUUUCAGCCAAUAAGAAGCCCCCUGUUUUUAACCCUAGUGUUGGGGCUCAGACCAGAUCUAAUGCCUUCCAUACUGUGCCUUCAGGUAGACCAGACCCUUGGUUAGAUCCACGAAGGAAGGGGGUGCAGUUGAGCAGAAAACCACCAGGGGGCAGCGUGGAGCCCCAACCAAGCCUCUGUCCCUAGAUCUUGGUGAGGGAACAGUCCUGGCUGGCCUGUUUUCACCCGCUCUCAGCUUUAGUGGGUCUGAUGGCCGCCAGGCCAUAUUAUCAGUGUUUACUUUUUCUGGUACUGCAGAAGCCUGUUGCCACCCCGAACUCCCAGGGGGCCAUAUACGCCACCUAGCAGGGCCCCCACCGCACCCCGCCCCACCACAUACUUCCCUGGCCAUACCCAGCCCGUGUCCAGCUGGGUAAGCACUGGCUGAGCUGCUUUACAAAGAGCUAUUCUACUGGAUAUUUAAAGAAUUCCCAAGUAAAACCCGAGGCGCCGCAAACCUCAUAGAUGGUACACUUGCCAUGACAACCCGAAAGGAACAGAACAUUAUGGACCAACACUAGCGUCUCCAUAGUUCUCAGAGGGCUCGCCCGCCAGGUGUCUUCCUUGGAGGCUGGGGGUACGGCGGGGAACUUGGCCGUCUUUCAAAGCCACUGAAAUGAGUCACCCUGCAUCUGCCCCUGCGGCUCAGGAAGCCAGUUGUUUCUCUGGCCUUGGAAUGCAAGGAGGUUGGCUUUGUCUCCCUCCACACUCACCGUGGCCCCAGGAGAUGCUCUCCCGUCUGCCUCCAAGAAGAAUGUUUGCGCCUUAAUGUCCAGAAUCUGUCCAAAUAAAGUGUUCCUGAGGUCGGAUGUCCCUUG